AGAGGUGGAUAAAGAGGGCCUGCUUCCCGGCAGGGGACAGUGGUCUCUUAGCCAACACCAUGCUCCGUGUCCUGCUCUUUGCCACCUUGGUCCUUUAUGGACACAGCACCCAGGAUGUUCCAGAAACCAACGCACGCGUAGUUGGAGGGACUGAGGCCCAAAGGAAUUCCUGGCCCUCUCAGAUUUCCCUCCAGUAUUUGUCAGGAGGGCAGUGGCAUCACACAUGCGGGGGGACCCUCGUCAGACGGAACUGGGUGAUGACGGCUGCGCACUGCGUGGACAGAGCCCUGACCUUCCGCGUGGUUGUGGGAGACCACAACCUGUAUCAGAACGACGGUACCGAGCAGUACUUAAGUGUGCAGAAGAUCGUGGUGCAUGAAAAGUGGAACAGCAACAACGUGGCUGCCGGCUAUGACAUCGCCCUGCUUCGACUGGCCCAGAGUGUAACACUCAAUAGCUACGUCCAACUGGGUGUUCUACCCCAGGAAGGAACUGUCCUGCCUAACAACACUCCCUGCUACAUUACCGGCUGGGGCAGGACCAGGACCAAAGGGGAGCUGGCUCUGAGCAGGAGGGACAGCCACCAUUUGAGGACUGUGAUUCUCUCCCUGCAGGGUGACUCUGGAGGCCCCCUGCACUGCUUGGUGAACGGCCAGUAUUCUGUCCACGGAGUAACCAGCUUUGUGUCCAGCCUGGGCUGCAAUGUCUCCAGAAAGCCGACAGUGUUCACCCGGGUUUCUGCUUACAUCUCUUGGUUGAAUAAUGUCAUUGCAUCCAACUGAAUAUUCUCCUGAGUCUCAUGGCCUUUCGGAGAUGGUUCUUAGAUCUGCAAUAGGACUUGAGGUCAACCAGUAAGAACACGGUGGUAGAGCUCAAUGCCCAGUACUCAGAGAAUAAAAAGAAAAAAAGAAAGAAAACAUUCAGAGACACUAUUGGGCCAGAUACAGAAAAGUAAAUAAAAUGAAAUAUA